CCGCCGCACCGGCAGAGGGGACGCCGCCGCCGCCGCCGCCCGAGCAGCCGCAGGUUUGCCCGCGGAGCCUCACGGGUCUCUCUCUUUCUCUCUGUUGGUUGCUGCUGCAGAGCUGUGGAAUGCUGUGAAGACUCACUGCCCUGCAGCCGUAGGCAGACUCCUCUCCGGAUUGUCUCCAUCCGAAGGAAGCUCGUAUCCAAGAGAGUUCCCAGUCUUCCACCAUGAACCCUGUUUACAGCCCCGUCCAACCUGGGGCUCCCUACGGAAACCCGAAGAACAUGGCGUAUACAGGUUAUCCGACGGGCUAUCCCACCGCUGCCCCAGCCUACAACCCAAACAUGUAUCCAACCAGCAGCCCCGGCUACGCCCCAGCUACACUUCUGAUGAAGCAAGCCUGGCCACAGACCUCCUCCUCCUGUGCCACGGAGGGCACCUUCCACCUCCCGGUGGACACCGGGACCGAGAACAGAACUUAUCAGGCUUCUUCUGCAGCAUUCAGGUACACUGCGGGGACUCCCUACAAGGUCCCACCGACCCAGAGUAACAACGCACCUCCUCCCUACUCGCCGUCUCCGAAUCCGUACCAAACCGCUAUGUACCCCAUCAGAAGUGCCUAUCCACAGCAGAACCUGUACACCCAGGGAGCUUAUUAUACCCAGCCAGUGUACGCGGCACAGCCUCACGUUAUCCAUCACACCACCGUGGUUCAGCCCAACAGCAUCCCAUCGGCCAUCUAUCCGGCCCCGGUCGCUGCGCCCAGGACCAACGGUGUGGCCAUGGGGAUGGUCGCUGGGACCACCAUGGCAAUGUCAGCAGGAACUUUGUUGACCACCCCACAACACACCGCCAUCGGAGCACAUCCAGUUUCCGUGCCAACGUACAGGGCUCAAGGAACCCCCACCUACAGCUACGUACCUCCACACUGGUAAACCCACUGGCCAAUUCAUAUCCGGAGUCAAACAUUGUAUGCAACUACACAAGUCUUACAUCGGUGCUGUGGCCGCUGUACUGCAGCACCUCGUCUGUUUGCAAGAACAAAAGAAAAAAAAAAAAAAGUGCAAGGGUCACUUUAUGCAUUCUUUAGUGGUUUUUGUAAAAGCUGCUUUUUCUAAUCUUCUGCCUCUUUUUUUUUUCCCACCCCCUCUCCCCCUUCCUCCUCCCCAACCCACAUAAAUUGUGUAACACACAUACUGACACUGAGCAAUAGUAAAGUUCUCUCUUUGGUCCUAUCAUUUGAAAGCUCAGAAUAUUCACUUUUCCAGCAUUGCCCAGCUGAGUGGUGCAAAGAUCCCCCACUUCUUGUUUGUUUGGGUUCUUUUUUUGUUAUUUUUUCUGUUGUCGUUGUUGUUGACGAGAGCCUAGAUUUUCUUUGGCUAGUAAGAGUGGUUGGUGUUCAGGGUACUACGUGAAAAGCACAGCGCUGGUAGGCAGGCUUAUUCGGAUUUGGUUUGGGUAUUUUUAGUUGAAUAAUAUAAAUUAUUUAACCUUCCAUAACAUAUUACAAGAAAAUUGGUGUCUUCCAGAUAGCUGUCGUGAUAGAUUAUAAAUGCAUUAUCUGCAGUGAAAUUCUGAACUCAUCCCUUCUUUUGUAGGAGUAAGAGAAUAUAAAUAUAAUUAGCGACGUAACACACUUGUCUUAGGAAGUAGGAGGACUGGUCACCAUCGGGUCUUUGGUCUGCUUUUUCCAACUGGGCAAACGGAUCUUGCGUGAUGGGAAGAGAGCAGCGGAGAGACGCGUGCCCUGGUAGCAUCUUGCACCUCUUGGGAAAACGAGAUGCUCCCCAUCAGCCAUGUCCUGGGGCUGCGUGAGGGAGAAGGCAGCUCCUUCCUUGCAUGGCUACCGUUUGCAGGCAGAGAUGUGCCGGGCGGCUGUUGAAGGAAGCAAGGAGAUGUCCAAGGGUUGGUCUGAAGAGCUUCACCAGGUCCAAGGAAUAGUCUGAAGAGCUUCUCCAGGUCCAAGGGUUGGUCUGAAGAGCUUCUCCAGGUCCAGGGGUUGGUCUGAAGAGCUUCUCCAGAGUCUAGUGGUGUGGGAAAAGAGGGCGGCUGGUUGAUGGAGAAGAGUCUUCGAGGCAGGGCAAGGGGAAAAACGGGUGGCUUCACCUUGCACCCAUGUUGCUGGCAGGGCUGAGACCAAACUGCAACACUUCUGUGGCAAUCAAGGUGCCCCCUCAUUCUUUGGGUUACAGCUGGGCUCAGAGACUUCCAGGAGAAAUGUUCAUCCAAGCACAAAUCCCAGCACCACAGAGAAAGGCCGGAGAGGGGGAUGAUGUCCGGCUGCUCUGCUUGGCGAGUGGGGAGAAGUGGGAGGGAAGAGGAAGCAAUAGCAAUAAACAUGUCGCCUUCCUCACGGGAAGGCACCUGAGAAAAGGCAAGAGCAAGGAAGGUGAUCCACAGUUGACGUGGACCGGGCUGGGAGACAACAGGCACGCAGAGGCUGUGGGCGUCGGGGUAAUUUCUUGGGGUUUUGGCUUACCCCAGGGUGCGAGGACAUGAAGCUGACUGCGGCCAGUGACAUCCCACCUCGGGGUGUCCAAGUAGAGCAAUAAGUUGUCUCGAGGGCAGCAGAGAGAGAGUUCGUAUUUGCAGACAAUGCUUGCGGCCGGUUUAUUUUUAAAUCCUUAUCACUAAACCCAGCAUAGAAACAAGGUUCUUCUUCUUUUUUCUUUUCCUAAGACAAAAACAUCGUUGGGUUUUGAUUUUUCCCUCAAGCGUGCCAAAAGAAUUACGUUCACCCGGCAGCGUGUUUGCAACUCUCACAUCUCUUGGCCUCCGAGGGUGUCACAACGGACCAAAUCCAGAGCCUUUAAAGCGGUCAGGUUAGGAGACGUGGAUGGGAAUCCCUCCCACCACUGCCUGGCAUGGGUUUCCAAGCCAUGUGUGGUGUUGAGUCAGUGCCCAGAUGUCUCUGUUGGUUGCUCUGCUUUGGUCAUGCCUGGAUCACAUCUCCAGAUGGAGGUGAGGGCAGUGGAGACCAACACUGGAGGGUCACCUUGACCGGGACAUGGUGGUGUAGAGGUCAGACUGGAGGGUCUUUCAGAAGAGCACGAUGACCAGUUGUUGGCACCUGGGUGAGACCUCCUUGCUCUUGGUGGUGUCUCCCAGCUUGGCUUCUGCUGCCGUGGGGAGGAGCUACUGGGGCUCCUUCCCAUGAACAUGGUCCAAAUGGGGAGAAACAAGCUUAGGGACCCAAGAGGACUUUUCCUACCACUGGUUGGUCCCAGGUGGUUUGUCAGGUCUGGUGUUGGUGCCGGCGCUUCUGUAUGGGGGUCAUUUGGUUGGUUCUGCUGGUUUUAAAGGAAAGCUAGCAAAGCUCUGGUUGACCUUCCCAACCUCAAGGGGAAACAAAGUGGGUGAAGACUGAACACCAGUGCUGUGGGGUGGGGAAGGUGGAUUUCUCCUGUGUAGUACUUUGGGUUGCACUUUGGGUUCGUAUAAAAGGAAAAGAGAAGGGAAAAAAAAAAAAAAAAAGAGUGAAUAAUCAGAGGGUUAGCUUGGUGUUCAGCUUGGCGAAGCCAAGGGUUAGCACGUAAAGAGCAACGGGACAUUUGGAAAGAACAAUACUACAUCGUCCUUCCACUGUUUGUAGCACGCUACAGUUAAACCUGGGCCAAAAAAAAAACCAAACCAAUAGAUCACAGGAAUUGAAGACCUCUCAAAUACCCUUUUUUGCUCUCACUGUUGACUUCAUGUUAUGUAUUAGGAGCUGUCCGUCAGCGUUGAAACACGUAGGAUAGAGUAAGCUCUAGGCAACGUAACGGCACUACAAUUUGCAGGGUCCAAUGAGCUUUGUUAUCACAGCCCGGGCUCUGCAGAGGAGGACCUUUCCCAGCAGACACUGUCCUGCCACUGCCCUAGGCACCCUUCACCCUUAACUGCUUUAGGAACGACUGCUAAAAUUUUGGCCCACGGCUAGGAAGGAGAUGCUAGGCUUUCUCCUGAAAGGAAAGAAAACACUGAAGGUGGGGUAGAAAGCUCCAGGAGCUCAGCAUGGAGGAUCACCCAGUCUUACCGCUAGUGAGAUCUGACAUGAGGCGGUUUAGUUUUAAUUUCUUCGCUUGGAUCAACAGCAGCUCUGAUGCUCCUCAGCCCGUUAUGCCCAGGCAGAAAUACUCAUUAACUCAACCAGGGUGUGAAGAGGUGAAAUAUUCGCCGUCUGUUGGGCGAGAGGCUUUGGUGAGCAUGUUUGGCAACCGGUGUUGGGUUUAGGCUUGGACCACUGCGUGGCUCCAGGGCCACCACGUGGCUCCGGGGCCACCACAUGGCUCCAGGCUUGGGUAGCUCCUUCCCAAGGUGGCUUCAUUGGGCUGUGGUGGUGGGGAGAUGCUCCCUGCUACCACAUGGGGAUGUGGGGCUUGAUGCCCCCCCCGGCUCAUGCCAGCAGUGACCUGCAGCCCUGUCCCCUUCCCCGUGGAGGGACGUGGUUUUUCGGAUGGAUGGAAGGAUGGGAGAAAAGCCCAUGAUCCCAAGCCCUUUCCUUGGCCAAGUCAUGGCUUAAGUGAAGGUCCUGGGGAGGUCGCAGCCUGGUGGAGGACUCCCUUGGGGGGGGAACACUGCUGGGGGCCACCAGCUUCUCAAAUAUUUCACUCCAGCAAAGCUUUGCCGACGUCGGUUACAGAAAAGGGUUUCCCACGGUGAAGGAUCACACUGGGCGUUAGCGGGGAAGAGCAGGAGGGGUUAAACCAUCCUUAGAGGCCAGCAAAGUGUCUCGGAGAUUAGAAUUCCAGCUAAAGAGGAAGGAAAAUAACUCUCAAACCGCUGUUAUGACCAUUAACCCAUCCCUGCCGUUAUCUUUGCUUUAAAACACGAGCUGCAAUGCAAAAUUUAGGGAGGGGGGAGGAAAAAGGCGUAUUAAUAGUGGUGGUGGCCCCCAACCCGAGCGAGCCCCUUGGAGCCUGUACCCAUCACGCCUCCAAGCGGCUGAACCCUCCGGGCGAGGAUUUGCUCCUGUAUUUUAUGAAUAAUAAUAACCACCCAGUCCAGCUUUUUUUGCAGUUUCAAGAUGUAAUUACCGUGAAGUGUUAUUUAAGGGGUUUGUUUUAAUGAUGGAUGUUUCAGAGUAUCAGGUUUCCCCCCCCCCCCCCCCCAGCCGCCGGCAUCUCGCUGAACACGGUCCUUCCCGGAGAGACCCCCCCCUGCCCUUUGCCAUCCCCUCCCUUCCCUCCUGCAUCCCGGGGGGCGGAUGCAUCCCCGCAGGGGAUUUGGGAUGAUGCGGUCCCCGGCCGGAGGGUGUGAAAUUGGGUCUUGCUUUCUUAGAGGGAGAAAAACCACAUUUGGGGCUUUAUUUUUGAUAGGAAAACCCGACCAGCCGACAAUAGCAAUAAGAGCCGCUGGAUACCCCUAAGUCCAGGUUUUUUGGGGUUUUUUUUUCAAUUGUCAAUAUUUUCAGGCCCUCCAUCUAUUGUUCCCGAAACGCGACAACCUUCUGCCCAUCUUCCCUUCGCUUUGCCACAAGUGCCGGGCUGGCUCCUGAGCCCAUCGGGCUGCCGGUAGGAUCAGGCUCCAGAUAUUUUCUCUGUCGUGUGCUAGCAUUCCCAUAGGGAAAAAAGGAAAAUAAAGCCUGUUAAGGAGCUUGGGAGGGAGGAGAGCUUGGAAAAGGCGUUUUUCCGGCGUGUUGCACCGUGGCAUUUAUAGAUUCACCGGUAAUUGGGUAAAAUAGCCUGUUACGGGGAUGUUUGCAAAGCAGGAAUAGCAAAAUAUGGGGUUUAACGGCAGCAAUUCCCGGCUGGAAACGCUCAGUCGUGCUGUUUGUAGGGAAAAAUCCUGAUGCACCUGCAGCCUUGCUGCAUCUUCCUGCGAGGGAUGGAGCUGGGGGAGCUGGGUUUUUGCCGGGCUGAAGGGGGUUCAGGAUCAGGGUGCUGGGCCGGGAGAGGUUUGUAGGGUCGGCAGCCAUCGGGAAGCACGGCGAGGAAGGGAAAAUGAGACAGCGGGGUGCAGGAUCGCACCCAAACCCUCCCAUUCCCCUAGCACGGAGCAAAACCCGCGCCGGGCUCCUACCCCUCUGUCUAUGUAAUUAAUUUUUUAAUUCAUUUCGACCACCAGGCCGGCUCAUUUUUAAAUCUUAUUGGACCUCUUAAGCAAAAAUAAAUUAAAAAAAACAACCCAAAACAAGAAAAUAAAAUGUAAACCCAAGAGGAACCAUGUCUUCCAAGUCUAAGUCUCAAAGGUGUGUAGGGAACAUGGCCUUGAGCUGAUGCCCUGGGAAGCCCCACAGCCUCGGUUUGUCCAUCUGAAGCGUCAAUUUGGGGUUGGUUUUGGUUUUGGUUUUUUUUUCCCCCCAUUUGUUUUCUGUUCUGGUUUUGGUUCUGAAGAUCAGGUCGUGAUCUCCCCGACAGAUUUCAGCCAAGAGUUUGUAACUGUACGAUAUUUACUGUAAGAUGUAGAACAUUCGAUAACUAUUAAAAUGUUUCCAAAAAAAAAAAAUUAAAUAAAUAAAUAAAAGAGCCCG